AAUACUUCUUCCCUUAUUAAUUUUAUAUAACAAUUUAAUCAUCAUAGAUAAAGACAGGAGACUCACUUCAUCAACCGAUCAAUUCCAGUUUGCGCUGACCUUCAACCAUGGCCAAGAACAUCCUCAAAACUCCAGCACUUCUUCAGUACAUCCUUGAAACAAGUUCAUAUCCAAAAGAGCAUGAACAAUUGAAGCAACUUAGAGAGACGACAAUUCAGAAAUACGGCAAUCUGAGUGUAAUGAAUGUGCCUUUGGAUGAAGCACAAUUCAUAUCUAUGCUUCUGAAAAUCAUGAAUGCUAGCAAAACUUUAGAAAUUGGAGUCUUCACUGGUUAUUCUCUUCUUACUACAGCUCUUGCUCUUCCUCCUAACGGCAAGGUAAUUGGAAUUGAUAUGGAUCGAGAAGCGUACAAGACGGGAUUGCCCUUCAUUCAGAAGGCAGAAGUCGAGCACAAAAUUGAUUUUAUUCACACUGAUGCAUUAUCAGGCCUCAACGGCCUUAUUGAUGGCAAACAUGAAGAGUCGUUUGAUUAUGCGUUUGUGGAUGCUGACAAGGAGAACUUCACAAAGUAUCACGAGGUGUUACUGAAAUUGGUAAGAAAGGGUGGAAUAAUUGCAUAUGACAAUACAUUAUGGUCUGGUUCCGUGGCGAUGUCUGAGGAUGAUGAAAUGGACGAUAUCACAAAGCGAAAAAGAAAAGUUGCAAUUGAAUUCAACAACUAUAUUGCAAAUGAUACUCGCGUUGAGUCAACAAUCCUUUCUAUCGGGGAUGGUGUAAGUCUCUGCCGAGUUCUGUAAUAUCCAUCAAAGGAAGAAAGAAAUAAAAGCAGCAAUGUCGAUGGUUGGUUCGCAUUUUAACGGAAAGAUGUAUCUUAUUGAAACUAUGUAAUCAUGAUCAUAUACAUAGUUGUUUUCAAAUGUUCGAUUUUUGGAUUUCGCCUAAAGUGUUAUUGUUGACAUUUAGUGAUACAUCGGGAGCAAAAGUUGCGAUCUUCUUGUCAUGCUCCUUCUGUAUGCAAGAUAAAGCCGAGUUAUUGGCAAUGUGAAAUGAAUCACAUUUAACAGUGUCUAUUGCAGAAGCUAUUUCAUUCAUAUUAUGCAUUUUUCUCGCUUCUUUGCUUUUACCCCAUAAUAACAUGUACAAUCCACAAACAAUCAACGCGGCUCCUGUUAGACUGCACAAUACGAUUGAUAACAAACCGUCGAGAUCAGUAGCUAACUGUGUCACAUAUUUACUGCAAUGAAUAUGUUUCUGAAAUCUGAUUGCUUAGUUUACCUUCCGACCGUAAUGUACUCGUUCAAUACGAACGACGAAAUGAAAGCCACGAGAACAAGCAUUAGAGGAUUAAAAGCAGACACAUACAAGGGUCCUUUCAUGCCCACACACCAAGCCAACAGAACAAAGCACACUCCUGAGGCCAAUAUACCCUACAAAACAAAGACCAACAACAAUUGAAUACCACAACUUUGAUACUACAUGUUUGGUAUCACGGUGAAUUUACCAAAAACGCUAUAAUUCUGAUAAAAUUACCGUCAUACCAAACAUGUACUAAUGUAUGUUAUGAAUCUUCGUACCGUGGAUGCUGCUGUCAAAAGCCUCAAAUUCCAAUCAAGCUUCCAUUGGCUCCAAUCUCUCUCGGUACAAACAGCAAAUAUAAAAGACUGGAUUGUGCCCAUUAUAGAGGUUAAAGCCGCAAUUGAAUAAUGCCACGGAAAAUUCUCACUCAUCUUCGACUGCGUU